CUCUGGGCACCAGCUCGCUCGUUUCAAACUCACACGAUACUUGCCAGAUUUACAGGUGAUAUGUAGGAGGAAUCGUCGAAAAUAGACGGUGAUGAAUCAGCUUAUGGUCCCCUUAGUAACAGUAAUAGGAAUAUACAUGACACAAACAAUCCACGCCGUGACGUCACGCCUAUUAUGGGAUAUGCAUUGCGUUGCAGUCACUGUAUAUUGAGCACGCAGUACAUAUUGGUUUACAUGAGUAGGCAGUCUUCGUACACAGCCUGUGUAACACGCCAGUCGCUGUCGUAAAGACGUAAAGCCGCCACAGCAGUUCGAAGUCAUGGAGUUAUCAGAACUAGGAGAUCAGGUGUUCGCCGUGGAGCGUAUAAUACGGAAACGAUAUCGUCGGGGGAGGAUAGAGUAUCUGGUUAAGUGGAAAGAUUGGCCGAACCAGUAUAACACAUGGGAACCCAGAGAGAACAUUCUCGAUGAGAGGCUUAUAUUUGAAUUUUACAGUGAGAGAAACCAGGGUGAAUUUGGCGAAUGUCGCAAAGGACGGCGACCAAGAAAAAGACGGAACCCCAGCCAUGAUACCACCGAACGCAUGUCGAGUGUUAUUGAAGAGCGUGUUACAAAAAGCGGUAAUGACAUGGUGUCAGCUGUGCCGGGGAGCAAGGGAAUGGCCGAUGACGAUAGUAGUAGCAUCCGUGUACAGGUGAUACAAGGCGAGGACGGGGGCGGUGCCGAUGAACAUAUGGGAGGUAUGAAAAGAAUAGAAAAUGGCGUGUCUGAUUCACAGAAUGUAUGCCAGCUGGCCACGGCGCACGUGGGCUUCAGUGUACAUUGUAAUGGCGGCGACCGUUCAGUCAGAGGUGAGGUGCAGACUGUUACAACACCAGAUAACACGUGUGACGUGGCCGUGACAAAUCGUCAAACCCAUACCACCCUUCAAUUGUGUAAUGCUCAUGUCGAAAAAAAUAACGACCAAUGCGUAGUGAACCCUGAUGUUAAAAUGCCACACGAGACUAUAAUGACGUCAUUCGGCGAUUCUCGGGCCAACAAUUCACAUUCAGGGAAAUGGAAACGCCUGAAAUUGCGCAGAAUUCAAUGUGCCGACAAUAACGUUGUUAACUUAAAGGAGGUCAACAAGAGGUCACUCAACUGCCAGCCAUUGAGCCCAAGUGUUGAUAUCUCGUCAGAUCAAGAAAACGUGGCCAUAUCUGAAAAAUCCAAUGAAGUGCCAUGUAUUCGGACAGAGGGCGCUUCGAAGUCGCCGACAAGGAGGAUUUUAACGCAAAUUAGUGACUGGCAGACGAAAAACGAGGUUGAUUUGAUUACGAUUAACAAUGUAUUCAUCACGGAUGUGACAACUUUGAGGGGCACGAUCACUAUCCGGGAAAGCAGCACGGACAUUGGGUUUUUCAAAUCGCGUCAAGAACAACUUAUAAUGGUACAGGACAAUGUCGCCGUGGCAACAGACAACCCGCGCAAAGCGAAUGUAACACAAUUUGACGGGAAAAACGAGGAGUGCGCGAAAGAAGAAAAUGACGUAAUUAAAAAGAUGAAGUUGAAAAAUACAGAACACCAAAAUGAACUAGAAAAGGAUUCGAUCACAACUAAACUUGGUCAAGAUAAUUGUGAAAAAGAAUUAGAAGAAAAACCCGUCGUGGAAGCCGGGGUCAAAGAUAUAUUGAAUGACUUGGUUAAAGAUACAGGUAACAAUGAAUACUCUGGUGGCGCCCUUGACUUGUCGCGCAGCAAGGAGCCUCAAGAAAAGGACCAGAACGCAAAUGAGCUGGAUACCAAAAUGCAGUACACCAUCAGCCACAUUGAAAACGGUGUGCACCUAUGAAGCUAGUUAGACGAUUUCAUAAGUCCUGACUCGACAACUUUGUAUUAUCCAUAUUUACACUAUGUAUUUUAUUUCCAGGAUGGGAUUUACAUUGGGUUCAUAUUGAGCAAGUUAACUUUAUAUAUUUUUGAUUUUGUAAUAUUGUGAUUUUAAACUCCCUUCAUUUUCUGUCAAGUUGACGGUUUUCAAAGCAUUUACACAUACAUCUGAGGCAUAUUCACAAUUUGCACGAUGCCUCGAACUAUAAUAUUAUAGGUUCAUGGCGGCGACGGAAGCAUACACUACCGGUUGCUAUAACGUACCACCGUCUUUGGACAUUUUGACGGGGAGCUGGUUUCGAAUGUACUAGGUCGCCGUUCAGUUAUUCCUUUGACAUUUAAACUGGGUGUCGUGGUCGGUUUGUGUGUUCUGUAAAUAACAUAUGUACGUGUUUGAAUUACGGCCGUUCAUUUACUGGUAUCAUAUGCGAGUUGUUUAUGCAGACAGACAGACAGCAUAACCUGUUCGUUAUCAGACCGUUAGCUCCGUAUGUACAGUCAAAACGAUUUGAAUUGAUUGUGUACAUUUAUAUUUAGCCAGGAGAAUCUUCUUAUAUUUGCCAUAAAACGUGAUUGAGUGCGUUAUAGUUAUAAUUGUUCUUCGAGCCCGGCGAUUCACGAUUUUGUGCCGUACCAGUUUCUUGUUUGAAUUUUGAGGAUCUCCCGGGUACAAACGAAGCGUACAAUCUUGCAGAAACACGUUUUUGGCGGAAAUGUUGCUGAAAAAUUUGGUGUUAUGUAAGACGUUUGUUUACUUGAAAUAUACACCAGUCGAGUCCGUUACACCACUGUGCAGUAUUAGUUACCCACAAGAAACUUUUUUUUUAGUUUCUCUUUUAAGGUGUAACAGCAAUCGACGAUCUUAAUGAAUUGUAAAUGUUUUUUAUUUGGUAAAGUAGUCAUUACUUGUGAUACCCCCCCCCAAAAAAAAAAACUGCCAUGUUUUCAAAAAAAUAUACCAGUUCAUGUUGCAUUCAUUAUUGUUACAAUAAUAUCAAAUAAAACGUUGACAUGUUACA